AUGGCACCUGCUCUGACGCUUCCUCCUCCCCGGAACGCUCCACCCGGUACGCAACAACCAGCAGCCACCGCCGGCAAGAAAAAGGCACCGCCCAAUAAUACUAAGCCUCGCAGCAAGGCUCCAUCGUACGCCGAACGGUGUUGUUUGGCCCGUGAAGCCGCUUCCAAAAAUCCCGAAGAACGUCGCCGAGGACCCAAAUUGUUUGUCCCCCGGUCUCUGCAAGACUUUGACGAUGGUGGAGCCUAUCCGGAGAUUCAUGUGGCGCAAUACCCGAGACACAUGGGAAAUCCUCAUUUGAAAAAGACGGCCGGCAGUGGCGCCGCGGGGGCGCAGACCACCAGUAAGGCCAUUGUGAGUGUCCAAGUGGACAAGGACGGUGAAGUGAGCUACGAUGCCAUUGUCAAGGGAGGGACCAAUUCGGACAAGACGGUCUAUUCUCGCUACGAAGAUUUGGCCGCCAAGGAAGCCAAAGAAGAAGACAUUGCCUUGCCAACGGCCGAAGAAGAAGAAGCCACCACGGCCAAAACCAAGGCAGCUCUGGAUAUGAUUUUGGGAAAACACACGGCACUGGACAAGCCAUCUGGAACCGCCAUUAUCAAUGCACAGACGUCGCAAAAUCAAGAAGCCAAGACACAAUUUAUCAAAUACACUCCAAACCCCGAUGCCCCUGGCUACAAUCCAGCCGCGGCACAACGUGUCAUCCAAAUGGUGCCCAAACAAGUCGAUCCCAUGAUGCCUCCCAAACACAAACACAUCCAAGCGCCACGAGGACCCGCCGAAGAUCCCGUGCCGGUCCUCCAUGCCCCUGCCAAAAAAUUAACCAAAGAGGAACGAGAAGCCUGGAAUAUUCCAUCUUGUAUUUCUAAUUGGAAAAAUACCCGAGGUUACACCAUUCCACUCGAUAAGCGAUUGGCGGCCGAUGGACGAGGAUUGAGAGAACAUACCAUCAAUCCGGAUUUUGCCACCCUCAGUGAAUCACUCUACGUGGCGGAACGACAGGCACGGCAAGAAGUACGAUUGCGAGCGCAAGUCCAAAAGAAAUUGGCAUUGCAGGAAAAGGAACGACGAGAAGAAGAAUUGAGAGAAUUGGCCAAUCAGGCUCGUCUCGAACGGAGUGGAGUCGUGGUGGCGCCUCCCAAGGGAGGAGGAGACGAAUCGGAUUUGGAUGACGACGGCGAAGAUGGCAUCAAGGUACGAACCGUCCGUGACACUACUAAUAAUAGCAGUAGUGAACCAAGCAACGCACACAAAAUUCCAGCGACAGACGACGAAGUCGCGGCCGCACAACGAGAAAGACUCCGUAUGGCACGAAAACGAGAGCGUGAAAAAGAAUUGCGCAUGGAACAACAAAAGAAACAAAAAUUCGAAGACGAGCGCGAUGUUUCCGAACAAAUUGCUUUGGGCGUGCACCAAGGUACUGGUGCCUUGGCGGGAGAAGUCGAUGCACGCCUCUACAAUCAAUCUGCCGGAAUGGACAGUGGAUUUGGACGGGAAGAUGAAUACAAUACGUACAGCAAGCCUCUCUUUGACCGAACUGCUGGAGUGAGUGGUGCCAGUAUUUACCGACCCAGUCGAGAUGAACAAGCCAAUGCAGAUGAUCAAUACGCCGAGCUCAAGGCGGGUGCCACAUCCAAGUUUCAAGCUGGAAAGGGAUUUGCGGGAGCCGAAGGGGGCAUGGCGGUCAGUGCGGGUCCGCGUACAGGCCCUGUUCAGUUUGAAAAGAACAAGUGA